CCAAAGUUGUGUACGCUCGACGCCGGCCAGCGAGAAGGCUGCGGAUGGGAAGACGUCCAGAGGAAAAGCUGAAGCAAGUCAGUCAUUGGCGAAUUUUUUUUAAAUUCCCAAAUGCGAACACGAAAAUCAUUAACAUUUCUUACUUGAACAAGAAAAGUAUCUUUAGAGUAUAAUUCUGCAGGGGAAUUAAUUGUGCAGAAAAGAAAAGCAAAAUUAUCAAAAGAAAAACCUACAAGAAGUGUGAAAAUGUUACCAUUCUGGCAUGGAGCUUUGAGAGUGGUGAUAUCCAGUGGUUAAAGGUUGCAUGCAUAAAGGAGAAUUAUUAUAUUUAUGGUCAGAGAAAAUAGUAACUUUGUUUUGCACUGCCACUACUCAGGAAAAAUACUAUCAUGUUUAGCUUCCAUAAGCCAAAAAUAUAUCGCUCAAUAAAUGGCUGUUGUAUUUGCAAAGCCAAGUCAUCAAGCUCAAGAUUUACUGAUAGUAAAAAAUAUGAAUCAGAAUUUGAAAAAUGUUUUCGAAUGAGUGAGAAACGCUCAGGUGAAAUCUGCAAUGCUUGUGUGCUUCUUGUAAAGAGAUGGAAAAAACUUCCAAAUGGUACAAACAGAGAUUGGCAUCAUGUAGUAGAUGCGAGAGCUGGACCAGGAACAAAAUGCACAAGCAAAAAUAAGCAGAAGCCUGAAAAGCAGCCUUCAAAGAAACUUCAUUUAAGACUUUGCAGAAGUAGGCAAAGUGCUUCAGAAGUUUUAUCUGAUGAUAUUGCAGGAAAUGAAGAUAGCCUUAGUGAAUCUUCAGGUCUCUCAGUGCCACACAGUCGAGUGCCAAGUCCCUCUCCUAGUAAUUCUUCUGAUGAUUCCACUAUCCUCGAAGAACCUGAUGAUGAUAUGGAUCCAGACAUUAUUGAUGAUAAACAAAGGCAUAAUGAUAUAUUCAGUCAAAUUGCACAACAUGCCAAUUCAUCAUAUAAUCAUAAAUUGUCAUCCUUUUUAGACAUGACUUUUUGGCGAGAAGAGAGAAUUUGCUGUGGUAUUAUAUUUCGAGGUCCCCAUGGAGAGGCACUUAUAUAUCCUAAGCUCCUCCGUCCAUGUCAUUGCAGGCGAAAUGGAAACUCUGGAAAUGAAUAUUUGUCUCAUGAAGCAGCUACACCAUAUUUGCCUAAUGCUACCAACACUGCCACACAUGUUGCCUGCUCACCUGGGCAAAAUCAUUUUCCUAAUGGAAUAAUAAGUGCUUAGCAAGGAUUUGAUUUAGAAUCUUAUUUACACCCCAUAAUUUUUAUUUACUCAUAUUUAUAUUAGUUUACAGUUUAAUAUUUAUGUUUUAUAAUGUGACUCCUUGUGCUUCCAUUUUGUAAAUGUGAAGUAUCAUUUGAAAAUAAGUGAUUUUAGUCAACAAUAUUUACAUUUAUUCAUUGAUUAGCUCUUAUUUGAUUUUUUCAUAAGGAUUCUGUGAAUCAACAGCAAUUUUUAAAAUAAGUGUUUGUAAACGUCUUCUACUUUCAUACUAAACAACUUUUCAUAUCCUUGUCUAAUAUGGCUAGAGUUGCAUUUAUAAAAGUAUUGUUCAAAUUCAAAUUGUCAAAUUUUGGUGUAAUAUUCGGAAUUACGUUUUUAAACGUUAUCAUUCAUCAUCAUUACUAUUUUUUGAGUGUUGUAAUUAUUUCAAUUAUUUUUAUUUCUUUUUCAUGACAUCAUCUUAGACAUAAGUUGUGUUUAGAAGGUUUAGUGUUGACUUUUAUCCAGAUUCCUUAUUUAUUAAAAAUUUGUGUAUUUUUCCUAUGUUAGAUAUGAAGCAUUUUCACAUGUGAUAAGUCGAAAUUUAUUUUUAGUAUAUCUUGUUAAUUUAAGUUUUAGUAUUUAUUUUGUUGUUAAUGUUACCAAGUCUUUAUAUACAUUUUUAUGUUUUUGUAUCUUUAUAAGCUUCUUAAAUAUUUUCUGAGUAUUACAUAUUAACCGACUGUUGCAUAUUCAUGCUAUAAAAAUAUAACAGUUUCAAUUGUUUGGAUAUAAUUUUGCGUGAAUAGCUUUUUUAAAAAAAAGGCUAAUGAAAGAUUUAGUUGCAAAUUAUUUCAAAAAUUGUUGUUUAUGAUUGUAUUUAUUAAGUUCUAGUUUUUUCCUUGUUCUAUGUUAAAGUUGUGUUUAAUAUUAAUAUUUACUAUUUAAAAAUGUGAGUGAUUACAAAUAUUUAUGGAUAAACAUAUAUAGAAAGCUGGUUGAUCUGCUUUAAUGUUUAAUUACCUGUACUUAUAAGCUUUAUAUAAUAUGUGAUUAUUUAAUCAAGAAAAGUAUAUAUGGAGUAUUUGUUCUUGAUAUUUGUUACUUUUCAUCACUUUGUACUGGAUUAAUACCUCUCAUCAAAGCUUAGUAACAAUUUUAUUUCAAAAUGUAACUUAUAUUCAGUAACUUAUGUAGCAUAUUUUAAUAACCUUUCUAUAGGUGCAUUUUAUAUGCUACCCAAUGUGUUCAGUAUUAUGUGAUACUUAUGUGUUCAAGAUUCGAAUGUACAGAAAUGUAAAAGCUAUUUGAAAGAACUAUUUCUGUUGUAGAUGUAUAAAUUCUAUAUCCAAUUAUUGAUUUGUGAGUUUCACCAAUUUAAUGUUUGUAUUUUCUUCAAAACAAGUUGCACAUUACAGACUAACUGAAACCUUGUUUUUAAAAAUAAGUGGUUGUAAUGUUCGCUCUAAGUUUAUAUUUAAUAUUGAAACUUAUAUUACUAAAGUACCUGAGUCUUGUAUUUUCUAUUUUAAAGGAAAUAACACGAUUUUAAUCCUUUUUUAGUCUAUCCAAUAUGGUCAUUAAGUAAAAGAACCUUGUUACAAAGGGUCUUACUAAAAAGAGCUCUGUCAUUUUCAUCAUAUAUAUUAAAGAAGAUCUUUAUUUUUUUUUUUUCAAAUGCACCACCAAGUUUUUCAUUUCAUUUCCUUUUAAAAGCACUGUUAACUUUCAGGUUAACUAUGAAGAUAAAUUUUCUUUUUUUACUAUGCCAUAUCUUUUUUAAGUUCAUUUCUUGAUUUAGCUUUUAUUCCUUCCAUGUUGCUUUUUUAAGUUACUUUACUAAUGUAAUAAAUAUUUCUGUUGUUAUUAGUCAUUCAAAAUGUUUAUGCUAAAAUGAUAUUUAAAAGAACUGGGGGAAAAGUUCCACUUUUCUUCUUAAUAUUGCAGUACUCAUUGAUAGCUCUUUUAAGCACAUAUAUUGUUGUUUCAAAUAUUUAUGACUUCUCUGUCAGAAAUUUGAAAGCAUACAAUGUCUUUCUUUUGGAAAAUCUUCUUUAUAAUACCAAGUAUGUGAUAACUAUCUUAAAUUUGUACUUCUAAAAGUUAUAAUAGUUUAAUUCUUUGUCAUAUGUCACAUUUAAUUAGUUAUAACUUUUAUAAAAUCUGGUUUACUAAAGAAAAAAAAAUAUUUGAAUGAGAAAGUUUUAUUUUUGUUAGGUGA